AUGGACAAAUUGACUUCUUUGAUUAGUGAAAGUUCAUUACUGACAUUCAUCAAGGACUCGAAAUCCCCUAUGGACAUUUUGCAUGAGAAAGAAAAUGAUUUUUUGAUUUAUAGUUUUGAUGAUUGUUUACUGACUCAGGCUUACCAGCAUGUCUUAGCCUUGGUGUUUGCUGUGAAGGAGAUUAAUGGAAACCACAAGAUCUUAACCAAUGUCACCCUAGGCUUCAAUAUCUACAACACUUACUUUAGUCCGCGAUAUACCUACGCAGCCACAAUGGAACUGCUCUCUACACCAAGCAGAUUCAUCCCUAACUAUCAAUGUGACCUCCAGAACAAUCUGGUAGCUGUUAUUGGGGGACCGAGCUCUGAUGAAUUCCUGGACAUAGCAAACAUCUUGACCAGCUACAAAAUUGCACAGCUUGGAUAUAUCUCUGCUCCAGAGAUGAAGACCCAAAAUACUGUCUUCCACUCGAUGUUCCCAAAUGCAAUUAAUCAGCACAAGGGGAUUCUUCAUCUUCUACUGCAUUUUGGGUGGACAUGGAUUGGUCUGUUAUAUCUUGAUAUUGGCAGACUGACAGAAAUAUUACUACAACAGGUGCAACCCAUGUUUUCCAAAAGUGGUAUCUGUUUUGAUUUCAUAAGAAAACUGUCUGAUGGCUAUCUCGACAAGAUUGGUGAAGUAGCAGAAGGGAUUCAUGAAACAAUACUUUUUCUCUUGACCCGUACGUCUAAUACUGUGAUUGUUCAUGGUGAAUUUCAAAGUAUGCUAUCUUUAAGGAAUUUCCUCAAAAUAUCUGCAUUUGAGGAACUGCCAGUAUAUUCUAAAGUCUGGAUUAUGACAGCAGAAGUUGAUUUCAUAUCCAUUCCCCUUCAAAGAAAUUGGGACUUAAACUUCCUUCAUGGAUCUUUAUCCUUGGCAAUUAAUUUCAAUGAUGUUCCUGGAUUCCAUCAAUUCCUUCAAGAGAGGAACCCUGCUUUGGAGAAAGAAGAUGGCUUCCUAAGAGAAGCCUGGCAACAGGUAUUUGAUUGCUUUUUCCCUAGUUUUACCAGUGACAAUGUGAAUGAGGAUAUUUGCACUGGGAAAGAGCAGCUAGAAACUCUCCCUAUGACUGUGUUUGAAAUGAGGAUGACGGCUCAUAGCUACAGUGUCUACAGUGCUGUCUAUGCCAUUGCACAUGCUUUGCAUGCCAUGCAAACUAUUGUGAACAAUCAAAGGUCAACUGCAAAUGGAUGGAGACAGAAACUUCGUCAACAGUCAUGGAAGAUGCAUCGCUUUCUUAGACACGUCUCUUUUAAUGACAGCAGUGGAAAAUCUAUUUCUUUUGACCAAAAUGGUGAUUUAGUAGGAGGAUUUGAUAUUAUCAACUGGGUCACAUUCUCAAAUCAGUCUUUUCUUAGAGUCAAAAUUGGAAGGAUAGAGCCACAGAAACCCUCAGACCAACUGUUGACUAUUUCCGAAAAGAACGUUGUCUGGCCAACCCAGUUUGGACAGGUACAGCCCAUUUCGUUGUGUAAUGAGAAAUGCCGUUCAGGUUAUAGAAAGAGCAAGAAGGAAGGAGAGUCUUUUUGCUGCUAUGAUUGUACUCCAUGUUCAGAAGGGAAGAUUUCAAACCAGACAGACAUGGAUGAUUGCUUUCAGUGCCGAGAUGAUCAUUAUCCAAAUAAAGACCAUGAUUUAUGCAUUCCCAAAUAUAUCAUUUACCUCUCUUAUGAAGAAAAUUUGGGGACCGGCUUGGCCACAGUGGCUCUUGUGCUUUCCUUCACCACAAUUUCUGUGCUAGGAAUCUUCAGGAAGUACCACGACACUCCUAUUGUCAAGGCCAACAACCGCAGCCUCUCCUACACCCUCCUUACCUCCCUCCUGCUCUCCUUCCUUUGUUCUCUGCUUUUCAUUGGACGACCCAUGAAGGUGACCUGCCUCCUUCGACAAACUGCUUUUGGGAUCAUCUUCUCAGUGGCUGUUUCUUGUAUGUUGGCCAAAACUAUCACAGUGGUUCUUGCAUUCAUGGCCACCAAACCAGGAUCAAAUAUGAGGAAAUGGGUUGGAAAACAAUUAGCCCUUUCUGUUGUUUUCUCCUGUUCCCUUGUACAAACUAUUCUUUGUCUAAUCUGGCUUUCUACCUCUCCCCCUUUCCCAGACACUGACAUGAACUCUCUAAACAGUGAAAUAAUUUUGCAAUGUAAUGAAGGAUCUGUUAUGAUGCUUUAUUGUAUCUUGAGCUUCAUGGGCUUUUUGGCUGCUGUUAGUUUUGUUGUAGCUUUCCUAGCCAGAAAGUUACCAGAUACUUUCCAGGAAACCAAAUCUAUUACUUUCAGCAUGCUGAUCUUUUGCAAUGUCUGGUUGUCCUUCAUACCUGCCUACAUGAGUAGUAAAGGAAAAUACAUGGUGGCUGUGGAGAUCUUUGCCAUCUUGGCCUCUAGUGGAGGACUACUGGUUUGUGUCUUUUUCCCAAAAUGUUAUAUUAUUGUGUUGAGGCCUGCCUUUAAUAGAAAAGAGCAUCUGAUAAAAAGAAUCAAUUAA